AUGGAUUCCCCAGUCUGGUUCAUCACUGGCGCCUCCUCAGGGUUCGGCCUCGCCAUUGCCAAAGAAGCUCUCUCGCGUGGCCACCGCGUCAUCGCAACCGCCCGCAACCCAGCCAAGAUCUCUGACCUGGCCUCCGCGGGCGCCAAUACACUCCCCUUGGACGUCAUCGCUGAUGAGGCCACCAUCACAGAGACCGUCAACAAGGCCUUUGCCAUCCACGGCAAAGUGACCCACGUCAUUAACUCAGCUGGUUACAUCCUCGAAGGCACUAUCGAGGAGGCCAGCGCCAAGGAAGUCUUUGACCAGUACAACACCAACGUCCUCGGCACUCUCAAGGUCUCCCGCGCAGUGGCCCCCCACCUCCGCGCCCAGGGCUUUGGUGCCGUCGUCAACAUUGGAAGUCUCGGUAGCUGGAAGAGCGGUCCGGCCUUUGCCAUGUACUGUUCCACCAAAGCUGCCGUCAGCCUGCUCACCGAAGGCUUCCACGACGAGCUGAAGCCGUUCGGUAUUGAUGUCUGCAUCCUUGAGCCGGGUUACUUCCGUACCGGUUUCCUGAACCCAGGUGCACGCAUCAAGGUUGAGCAGUCUGUUGAAGCGUAUACCGAUAGCGCAGCGGGCCAAGUCAGAAAGGUGCUGGAAACCGUCGAUAACAACCAGCCUGGUGACCCGAUCAAGGGAGCGCGUGUGGUCGUGGAUGUUCUAACCAAGUCUGGGGUGGCCGAGGGUCGUGAAAUCCCUCAGAGGCUGGCCUUGGGCACUGACUGCCUUGCGGUUGUUCGAGAGAAGUGUCAGAGCACCAUGGCUCUUCUCGAUGAGUGGGAGUCGAUCUCCGCUUCGACCGACUUUUAG